AAACUUUAUUAGACAUUGAGCAAUAUAGCUCUGUAUGUCUCUGUAAUCCUUACUACUGCUGCUGCAGUGCUCGGGGGUCAGAGGGCGGGUCUGGAAGAUCACUCACACCACAGCCGGCCUGUGCUCCUUUUUAUAUCUACAUAGCUGUAUAGGAGCAGCACCCAGCACUCAGCACUGUCAGGUCUUGAAAAAAGAAUUAUGAGCAACCCAUUCGAGCAGUUAGUAGAGCCACUUGAUCCUGCUGAACCAGACAAGAAGUAUUUCAAUCUCCACAAGUUAAAUGAUGCAAGAUAUGCCCGUUUGCCAUUCUCCAUUCGAGUCCUCCUUGAGUCAGCCAUCAGGAACUGUGAUGAAUUUCUAGUAAAACGGAAGGAUGUUGAGAACAUCUUAAACUGGAAAGUCACUCAGCAUGAGACUGUUGAAGUACCGUUUCGUCCAGCAAGAGUUAUCCUGCAGGACUUCACAGGCGUCCCUGCAGUGGUGGAUUUUGCAGCCAUGCGAGAUGCAGUCAAGCGGUUGGGAGGUGAUCCAGAAAAGAUAAACCCUGUGUGCCCUGCAGAUUUGGUGAUUGAUCACUCUAUCCAAGUGGAUUUUAACAGGAGAGAUGACAGCUUACAAAAGAAUCAGGAGUUGGAGUUUGAAAGGAACAGAGAGCGAUUUGAGUUUCUGAAGUGGGGUUCCCAGGCAUUUCAGAACAUGAGGAUCAUUCCGCCAGGCUCUGGCAUUAUUCAUCAAGUUAACCUGGAGUAUUUGGCCAGAGUAGUCUUUUACCAGGAUGGGUUCUACUAUCCUGAUAGCCUUGUUGGGACAGACUCGCACACUACUAUGAUCGAUGGUCUUGGAGUACUUGGUUGGGGUGUCGGCGGCAUUGAAGCUGAGGCAGUUAUGCUUGGCCAACCAAUCAGCAUGGUUCUUCCUGAAGUAAUUGGAUAUAAACUGAUUGGGAACCCUCACCAUUUAGUAACCUCUACAGACAUUGUACUCACAGUAACAAAGCACCUCCGUCAAGUUGGUGUGGUGGGAAAAUUUGUGGAAUUCUUUGGCCCGGGUGUCGCACAACUCUCUAUUGCGGACAGGGCUACUAUAGCCAAUAUGUGUCCUGAGUAUGGAGCCACGGCAGCCUUUUUCCCUGUUGAUGUCGUCAGCGUGCAGUAUCUGCAACAAACAGGUCGCGAUGAAGAUAAAGUGAAAUACAUUCAGAAGUACUUGCAGGCUGCUGGCUUAUUCAGGGACUUCAACAAUACAGACCAAGACCCAGAUUUCACCCAGGUGGUGGAGUUGGACCUCAGCACUGUGGUGCCAUGUUGUAGUGGACCGAAGAGGCCUCAGGAUAAAGUAGCUGUUUCUGACAUGAAAAUAGACUUUGAGCAUUCCCUUGGAGCAAAGCAAGGGUUUAAAGGCUUCCAGAUUCCUCAAGGACACCAUAAUGACAAAGUGAAAUUCUCCUACGAUGACGCUGAUUAUGAGCUCUCACAUGGCUCCGUGGUUAUAGCUGCUAUCACUAGUUGCACCAACACCAGUAACCCUUCUGUUAUGCUGGGUGCAGGGCUAUUAGCCAAAAAUGCUGUAGAAGCUGGAUUGACCGUGAAACCUUAUAUCAAGACAAGCCUAUCUCCUGGCAGUGGUGUAGUGACUUACUACCUCCGAGAUAGCGGUGUUAUGCCUUACCUUUCCAAGCUUGGCUUUGAUGUUGUAGGAUAUGGUUGCAUGACUUGUAUUGGGAACAGUGGCCCCUUGCCUGAAAGUGUUGUGGAAGCUAUUACUCAGGGAGACCUAGUUGCUGUAGGGGUGUUAUCUGGUAACAGAAAUUUUGAAGGCCGUGUUCAUCCAAACACACGCGCAAACUACUUAGCCUCUCCACCUCUUGUCAUUGCCUAUGCUAUAGCUGGGACCAUCGGAAUUGACUUUGAGAAGGAACCUUUAGGUAUUAAUGCAGAUGGUAAACCAGUGUUCCUAAGAGACAUAUGGCCCAUGAGGGAUGAAAUACAGGCUGUAGAGCGCAAAUAUGUUAUCCCGGGAAUGUUCAAAGAGGUAUAUGAAAAAAUUGAGAAAGUCAAUGAGAGCUGGAAUAAUUUGAAAGCACCUGCUGAUCAGUUAUACCCCUGGGAUCCCAACUCAACCUACAUAAAAUCUCCACCUUUCUUUGACAACUUGACAAUGGAACUCGUUCCCCCUAAACCAAUCACUGAUGCCUUUGUUCUCCUAAACCUGGGCGACUCUGUAACUACAGACCACAUUUCUCCUGCUGGGAACAUUGCAAGAAACAGCCCAGCAGCUCGCUAUCUGACCAGCAGAAACUUAACACCAAGAGAAUUUAAUUCUUACGGAUCACGCAGAGGUAAUGAUGCUAUAAUGGCAAGAGGAACCUUUGCCAACAUCCGUCUGUUCAACAAGUUCAUCAACAGGCAGGCCCCAUUAACCAUACACUUUCCUUCCAAUGAAACACUUGAUAUUUUUGAUGCAGCUGAAAAAUACCAGCAAGCUGGCCACAAUUUAAUCAUCGUUACUGGCAAGGAAUAUGGAUCUGGGAGCUCCAGAGACUGGGCUGCAAAAGGACCCUUCUUACAGGGAAUUAAGGCUGUCCUCGCUGAGAGCUAUGAGCGUAUUCACCGCAGUAACCUUGUAGGAAUGGGGAUAAUCCCCCUGCAGUAUUUGCCAGGAGAAACCGCAGAGGCAUUGGGGCUCACUGGGAAAGAGUGUUACACCAUUCUCAUCCCUGAAGAUAAAGAUCUCAAACCAGGCAUGAAUGUCCAGAUAAAGCUGGAUACCGGAAAGACUUUUGAAGCCAUCAUGAGAUUUGACACGGAUGUUGAGCUCACUUAUUACCGCAAUGGAGGCAUCUUGAACUACAUGAUCCGUAAAAUGGCCAACUGUAGUUAAAAGAUAAAAAGAUCCAGUAUAUGUCCAAUGGCUAGGAAGUGUGCCGAUCAAACACGUUCUCAGCUGUUCUCAACCUGUCUGCAUCAUUACAAUGUGGGACAUGCAUCUGCAGUAGCCAGGAUCUGCCACUAGAGGUCUGCUUUAGGUUGCACUAUGUUGAAUGUCUCUUUAACUGGAAGUAGGAAAUGCAUACAUUGCCAUUUAUCUGCAGGUUUCCCGCAUAGCAGUGACUGAAGAUGCAUUUGUGAUCAGAUAAAAAGACCUAAUUCAACUUUAAUAAUUAGACACAUUUUCAGAGACAACAGAAGUUUUCCAUUAAAAGAUUCAUUUUACCAGCCGCACCAUUACGACUCAGCUAUAGCCAUUGGUCUGGAUUAGUUCUGCACUUCAUGUGCUCCACAUAUGGAUAUGCUGCCUAAUAGAAGUCCUGUAAGAAUGCAGAUAGCAGGGCCUUCCUCCAGCCAUGCUGUAGUGAUACAAGCGUACGUGAAUGGGAAGGGCUGAUGCUGCACUAGCAUGCUUGUUCCACUUAGCUAAAGCCAGGCCACUCCAUCUACUGCUAUGCUAGGAAGCUGGUACGUUGUCAUGGGGUCGAUCCUAUUCGCUGUAAAUUGCAGUUGCAAACCAAUCUCAUCCCAUAAGAUCAUCCCCAUCUUGACUCAGUUACUAGUUUUCCUUAUUGCUGGUAGUGGACAUCAUUUAUUGGGGUCUAUUCAUGAAGCAGUGAACAAAGUGGUGAAGUUGCCCAUGGCAACCAAUCAGUGUUGAGGUAAGAUUUAUAAAGUGCAGUCUAUAAAAUUAUACGUAGCAGCUGAUUGGUUGCCAUGGGCAACUUCUCCACUGACUCACUUCCACACUUUUCACUGCUUCGUAAAUAGACCCCUAAGACCUUUUAGACCGUAGUGCUCAUUUACUAACAUUACAUUGACAGCAAUAUUUGUAUUUACCUAAAGCAAUUAGUUGUCUUUUGCCUGUCUACUGUAAGAUAGAAGUGACUGUCUUGUUGCGUGGAUUCAGAGCACCUUAAUGCAUUGUUAUCAAAUGAGCCUUAUUGUGUAAGCAGCGUCAUGUGCCAUUAAUGUUCAGACAGAACAAUUACAGCGUGCUGAAGUGACCACGGUAGAGCUUAUCCUAAGGCUGAAAGCCAUUACUCAAUGAACAAGGCCUAAAUCUUUAAAUUCUACUUGAAAAUGAAUGAUAGAGCGAACAUUUUGAGAUUACUUUUCUAUACACCAACUGCAUAUUUUCCCUUUAUGUUUGUUUUUUCUGUUGUCAUCCAAAAUAAUUUGUUUAGAAUUAACAAAAGAAAUAAAUAUAUUUAAAAGUU